AUGGCUAAUGCGAAGGACCUAGCCGGGCAGGCCUUCAGCCGACCGAGACUCGAGUCUCUGCUCAAGCGCCGCUUCUUCUUCGCCGAGUCGUUUGAAAUCUACCGCACCUCGGCCAUUCACAUUGCCGACAACCGUGGCCUGUACGACUAUGGCCCGCCGGGCUGUGCCUUGCAGGCCAACAUUGUCAACGAAUGGCGCAAUCACUUCGUUAUCGAAGAGAACAUGAUGGAGCUCGACUGUACCGCCAUUACGCCCGAGCCGGUGCUCAAGACGAGCGGCCAUGUGGACAAGUUUGCCGACUGGAUGUGCAAGGACCCCGUCAAGGGUGACUACCUCCGGGCCGACCACCUCGUCGAGUCCGUGCUCGAGUCCAGGUUGGCCAAACACCAGAUGACGGUAGAGGACGGCAAGCCAAAAGCAGGCGGGCUUGACUAUGCCACAGCCAAGGAAUACGAAGGGAUUCUCGCCAAGAUUGACAACUACGAUGGCGCUGGACUUGGCCAGCUCAUCAAGCAGCAUGACAUUCGCAACCCAGACGGCAACGGGGAGGUCCUCCCGCCUAUUGCCUUCAAUCUUAUGUUCAAGUCCACCAUCGGCCCAAGCGCCUCGGCCCCGGUCUACCUCAGACUCGAGACAGCACAGGGCCAGUUCCUCAACUUCAAGAAGCUUCUCGAGUUUAGCCAGGGAUCUAUGCCGUUUGCCUCGGCGACUAUCGGCAAGUCGUAUCGAAACGAAAUCUCCCCCCGCUCAGGCCUCCUCCGGGUCAGAGAGUUCCUCAUGGCUGAAAUCGAGCAUUUUGUCGAUCCAGAGACGAGCAAGUCUCAUGAGCGCUUCCCCGAAGUAUCCCAUAUCGUGUUGCCAUUCCUGGAUAGUGAGACCCAGCUGUCUGGGAAAUCUGCUAUCAAGACCAUGUCUAUUGGCGACGCGGUUCAGACGAAGCUCGUGGAUAACGAGACGCUUGGAUACUUCCUCGCGCGCGUCCAUUUUUUUCUGUUAAAGAUCGGAGUAGAUGGAAGCAAGAUCCGAUUCCGACAGCAUCUCGCCAACGAAAUGGCGCAUUACGCUUGUGAUUGCUGGGAUGCGGAGCUCCUCACGAGCUACGGGUGGAUCGAAUGCGUCGGUUGCGCAGAUCGGAGCGCCUACGAUCUCUCCGUUCACUCAAAGGCCACCGGCACGGCCCUCGUGGUCAGGGAACCGCGUGCAGAGCCUCUCAAGGUGGAGGAGUGGCAGGCGGUGCUCGACAAGAAGCUCCUCGGGCCGCAGUUCAAAAAAGACGCGAAAAGGAUCGAGGCCGCUGUUGCAUCGCUGGGUCAGCAAGCCCUUGAUCGGUUGGCUGCCGAAAUGGCAGAGAAAGCCGUCAUCUCGGUCUCGACAGAGGAGCUGGCCAGCGGCAGCAGCACCGUUGAGCUUUCCAGGGACGUUUGUACCAUCAAGAGGGUGACUCGGGUCGAGAAGCUGCGUCAGUACACGCCCAACGUAAUAGAGCCAUCGUUUGGAAUCGGACGUAUCGUUUAUAGCCUUCUGGAACACAUCUACUGGCAUCGGCCGCAGGACGACGACCGAGGAGUUCUUUCAUUACCCGUUUCGGUCGCACCCACCAAGGUUCUCAUCGUUCCGCUCUCGAACCAUGCCUCGCUUCAGCCCAUUGUCAAGAAGCUGGCGAGCCGCCUCAGGAAACUACGGAUCUCCAACUACGUAGAUGGCUCGUCGACGUCCAUCGGAAAGCGGUAUGCGCGGAACGAUGAGCUGGGCACGCCCCUUGGCAUUACGGUUGACUUUGAUACUGUCAAAGACCGGUCGAUUACUCUGAGAGAGCGCGACUCGACAUGCCAGGUGCGAUCAUCCGAGGAGAAUAUCGUACAGGCCAUUAGGAAUCUCGUCGAGGGCGAGGAGACGUGGGAGCAGGUGCGCAAAAGACUGCCGGCCUUUACCAGGGUGGGACAAGAGAACUGA